AUGUCCUCACCAAUAACAACCACAACCCGCCCAUCAGAAUCCACUACUACUGCGAACAAUCCACACAACAUCCCCCCCUACACCCCCAUGACCUCCCUCUCCCACGAACUCGGCAUCCUCUUCGGCUUCCUAGCCGCCUGUUUCGUCGUGAUGGGCGUAUAUGUAUUCUUCUGGAGAGCAGCCGAAUUCCGCUCCGAACACGCCCAGAAACUCCGGCGGCAGAUGCUCCUCACGCGGGGAAUCCAUCACGGGAGGGGAGGGAUCGGGGAGAAAUUCAAUUCUCAACAUAGUCAUGUGCAUGAUGGUAGGUGUUUGGAUGGAAGUGCAGGAUUGGGGUUGCAUCAGAGGAAUAUUAUUAUUACUCCCGAGAAUUCUGCUUCUGCUGGAAGUGGGGUGGGUAUGUAUAAGGAGAAUGAGAUCGGGGUGGCGUUGACUACCGGGAUGGAUGUGGUUUCGUCGCCGAGUUUGGGGCCCAUGACGCCUACUUCUACUGCUGUUUCGGCUUCUGGUGGUGGUGGUGGUGGUGCUGGGAGGGAGAUUCCGGUGGGGAUUGCUCCAAUUGCUCCUAUUGGGGGGAGGAUGAAUCUGGGGUCUAAUGUUAAUGGUGUUGCUGGUGGUGGUGGUAGGAGGGAUGAGAUGGAGUAUGGGGUUGAGAUGGAUGUGUUGGGGUUUUUGCAGCGGAGGUGA